GGCCCGGGCGUGGUGGGGGAGGAGAGGAGCGGCGCGCGUGUGUGGCGGAAGGCGGCGGGGGGCUGCCGGGGAUGUGGAGAGCGGGCAUGGCAGCCGGCGAAGGGCUGGGCCCGGCGCUGCGGGCCGUCACCGAGCGCGUGCAGCAGGCGGCAGCCCGGAGGCCGCAGGGACUCCCGGCCGUGCAGCCCCGGCUGGUGGCCGUCAGCAAGACGAAGCCGGCGGAGAUGGUGAUCGAGGCCUACAACCACGGGCAGCGCAGCUUCGGGGAGAACUACGUUCAAGAGUUGCUAGAAAAGGCAUCAGACUCCAGAAUUCUGUCGUCUUGUCCGGAGAUUAAGUGGCAUUUUAUUGGCCAUCUGCAGAAAAACAACGUCAACAAGUUGAUCGCCGUCCCUAACCUGUUCAUGUUGGAAACAGUGGAUUCUGUGAAGCUGGCGGACAGAGUCAACAGCUCGUGGCAGAAAAAAGGGUCAACUCAGAAACUAAAAGUCAUGGUGCAAGUUAACACUAGCGGAGAAGACAGUAAGCAUGGCCUGCCUCCUGGAGACACCGCAGCAGCCGUGGAGCAUGUCAUCAACAAGUGCCCAAGCCUGGAAUUUGUGGGGCUGAUGACAAUUGGCAGCAUCGGCCAUGACCUUAGUAAGGGGCCGAAUCCUGAUUUCCAGAUGUUGCUAUCUUUGCGGCAGGACGUGUGUGAAAAACUGAACCUCCCCGUCGAGAAGGUGGAGCUGAGUAUGGGCAUGUCCACAGACUUCCAGCAUGCAAUAGAGGUUGGAUCCACAAAUGUCAGGAUUGGAAGCACAAUUUUUGGAGAGCGAGAUUAUUCCAACAAAGCAGAUGGUGGCAAGGCCCUUGCUGAAACUGAAGGUAAAAUGGAGGCCUUGACAGUGCAGGGUCAUUAACCGGGGGAAAAAAAGUGGCCUCGACAGAGGACAGAUGAUGGGAGACCUCACUAUGCAUUCUUACCUCCCUCCAUGUCGGCACCUGAUCAUGAUGGUGAGAGGAAAUUCCUCAUAAUAGAACAGAGGCCAGAAAUGCCUCAUAAUUCAUUGUGAUUUUAGAGUACCCAGAGAAACUGAAAUUUUUGUAACCAGCAAAUGGUAAGAAAAAUUGUGCUUGAAAGUGACUUUAGUAUCUUAGCUACUUCAGGCUGAUUAAGAACAAUUACUUUUGGAAAACUGGGUUCAAAAAAUAAUUAUUUAUAAGAAUGGAGUUGCUAAUGAACAAGAUGUAUCCACGGCAAUGUCAGUGAAUGUUUUCACUGAGGAGUAAAUUCUUCAUUAACAAGUUUUAAUUUUGCCAGAGACCUAUAAAUAUUUCCUUUCCUCAAGUGAAAGUUUUGCACGUGAUCGCAACUGAGUGGUUGCUUAAAUAGAAGGUACAUGACAGAGACAUACUGUAACACUUACUGGCUCUGAGCGGCACUGAAGGGACUAUAUGCAUUUCAAUUGAGGAUGAGUAACAAGCACAUGAGGAUGAAUAAAAAACAGUUGCCAGCGUGAGUUCAUGGCGUAAUGUUUUGGAUGCAGACUGCAAGUCACUGCUGACUUUCACCAUUGGUGACGUGUCUCCUCGUAUCUUCUGGGAUGCUUUCGACCUUUCCCAUCCCCUCUUGUGAAGUGUUUUUGGGAGUUAUUUUCAUCCUGCCUAGUACACUAGUUCUUGAUGCUGUAAGUAAUUUUUGAUCAGAGCGGGGCUGUUCUUCAGGCUCCUUGGUCUACCUUUGGCUUGCUGUUGCUUUCCCAGGCGAGCCACUUAACCAUUUGGUGCCUCUGCUACCCCGUCUGCAUCUGUAAGAGGAUAAUAACACUUGCUCGUCUCACAAGGGAGCAGUGAGGUUUGCUUGUUCGCUAGAGGCCUUUGGGGGAAAAGUAGUUCAGAAAGUAAAGUAUUAUUACUGCACUGGGUUCUGGGUUCCUGAAAAAAUCCUUUCACCACUGACAGAGUUUCUAGACUGUGUCUUAACACAUUUAAGCACUGGUCUAGCCUUUUCCUCUCCUGAAAGAGGGUAACAGGACUUUUCCGUUGCAGUAGCUGUUUCACUAAGAUGCGAGCAAAGCUCCUGUAUUCUGUCGCGUGCUAUUUGGCUGACAGUAGCCACAUCACAUCUCUUGUAAUGUGCAUUACAACUACCUGUUCUGGGUUCUUGUGUGUUGCUAAGAGCAGGAGACAUUGAUUGCCAGCAGAAACACCCUUCCUUGACUUCUCUAUGUGUGUGUGUGUGGUUAAAUCUAGCUGCUGGAUUUACUUUCUGACUCUAAAUGCUGAAUGUAAAUGAAAAGAGUAAACUCUAACACCAAGCUAUCGUAAGCACAUGGUUUAAAAGGAACGUGCAGUCUGAGCUGCCCUCCUCAGAGCUGCACCUUGUGUUGCUUCAUAGUCUAGUGAAAACUGGUGAAUUUGAAUGCCAUCUGUGCCAACUAUAAAGCUAUUAAAGAUGUAAUUUUUAUGUUCCAGUGUUGUGAAUAAAUGGCCUGAGAGUUGUUGCUGAAGAUGUUUCCCUAACCUGGAGUUACUGUUUAGUGAGACUUGUUACUCUUGGGGUGGAGGAAAGGAGCUUGAUUUGAAAGACAGCUGAAACACAGCUGUCAAAGAAAGUGGAGCUUUCUUUGAUUAGAAAGGGAAAAAAACACUGCUGAGAUGUCGAUGGAGUUAGUUAUUUCUGGAAAAGCCCUCUGGGUGGCACUGCUCCCCAGGUCUAGGGCAUUUCCAGCCCGCUGAAGGAGGGAUAACCGCUCUGCUGCUUGCAGGGGGCAAGUACAGAUCAAUAAUUAGUCUUGCAAAUAACUGUCUUUCUUUUUGAUUUGAAGGCUGAAGUUAAUCCUUUCCUCUUCCAGUUCUUCCCCCGAAAAUUACUUGAGCGCCUGCGAAACACACUGACCACAGAUUUUCAUGUUUGAAAAUUUCAUAACAUCGGAAAUAAUUGUUUGCUUUGCUUUGUUUUGUUCUGUUAAAAAAGUGCGGGGGGGAAAUCGGGACACCCAUUCCUCUGUCUGAACUUGAUUCAAAUGUGUAAAGAGUUUCAGUGUUUGUUUGCCAAAGAAACACCAUUUGUAAAAGUUGGCUACAGCUCUCCAUAGCAAACAUGGAAUAAAAAUGAUCUGUUACCUAA